CGCGGUACGAUUUAGGAGGUGCAGCAUUUACACACAGUGACACAACUGACGUACAAACAAGUUUAGAAAGUGGGCCUAUCAAGUUCAUCAUGUCUGCAGACCGGUGGUUACCUCUUGAAUCAAAUCCAGAUGUAAUGAACAAAUUUGUUCAUAAACUUGGCAUGCCUAAAGAAUGGGGAUUUACGGACAUCUACAGUUUGGAAUUGCUGGAUAUGGUACCAAAGCCAGUCGCAGCCGUUCUCAUUCUGUUCCCUGUCAAUCAAAAGUAUGAAGAAUCCAGUAAAGAAGAACAGGAGAAAAUUGACAAGGAAGGCCAAGAAGUGAGCAAAAACCUGAUGUUUAUUAAACAGACGAUCGGCAAUGCUUGUGGUACCAUAGCUCUACUUCACUCAAUCGUCAACAACAGUGAUAAAAUACAGCUUAGUGGAUACUUGAGUAAUUUCAUUGAAAAGACAAAGGACAUGACACCAGAAGAGAGAGCAAGUUAUCUAAAAGAAGACGAGGGCCUCAGUAGCGCACAUGAAGAAAGUGCACAAGAAGGACAGACUGAGCCCCCACCUCGUGAAGAACACACUGAACUGCACUUUUUAGCACUCAUUGCUAAAGAUGGGCAUAUUUACGAGAUGGACGGCCGUAGACAGUACCCUGUUAAUCACGGCCCAACAACUGAUGACAGUUUCCUGCAGGAUGCAGCCGCUGUGUGCAUGAAAUUUAUGAAUCGUGACCCAACAGAACUGAGAUUCACGCUAAUCGCUCUCUCCAAACUCUCGGACUCCUAAGCAGACCAAAUUCAUUCGCAUCUAGUAGCCAAUACCAUGAUGCAGUUUGUUGUUGAGAAAAUAAGACCUUUGCUGCUAAGCCUCUCUGAAUGUGCAUAAGUAUGCUAAUGUUGUAAUCUAGCGUGUCAUUGUAACAGCAGAAAAACAGAUGCAUGAUAUAAGUUGUACUGCUGCAUUCAUCCACUUUAAUGGAUGCAUAAUUUUGGCCGAUCCAGUGCACCUUCUUCAAUGGAUGUAUAUUUUGGGCCAAAUCAUUGUGUCCACAGCUGCAUGAUUUAGGCCAAAUUAUUGUGUUCAACGCUGCAUAGACUGAUCGAUUGUGUCAUGGAUAUAUGAUUGGGCCAACCAUUGUGUCCAGUCCACUUUAAUUGAUUCAUGAUUUUGGCCGAACUAUUGUGUCCACAGCUGCAUGAUUUAGGCCGAACCGUUGUGUCCACUUUAUAGAUUUAUGAUUUAGGCCGAACCAUUGUGUCCACUGUAAUAGAUUCAUGAUUUAGGUCAAACCAUUGUGUCCACUUUAAUGGUUUCAUGAUUUUGGCUGAAACAUUGUUUUCAUGGCUGCAUGAUUUAGGCCGAAACAUUGUGUCCACUUUGAUUCGUAAUUUGGGCUAAACCAUUGUGUCCAUGGCUGCAUGAUUUAGUCCAUAUCUGCGUGAUUUAUGCCAAAUAUUUGCAUUUACUUCAAAGAUAAUGCUGAGCAAAGAAUUAGCGGUGUUCAGCAAUUAAUGUAUUAAUUCAGAAAUGUGGGUCAAUUACAAGUUGUGCAUAUGUCAGUCUAUAAUGUCAGUUUUCAGCUACUGUAGUAGUAAAUUCUAUGUACAGUAAAGCGUAUUCCUAGCAUUAAACAGGGCUUAAUUGGAAAUCUUUAUUGAGGAUGAACCAUACUCAACUGAAACUAUAUGUAAACUGUGUAAUGCAUGAUGCCCUUGUGUGUGAUGAAGUAAUAGACUGUUAUUCUCAAACCAAGCUGUAUGAACAUCCCUUUUGUCAGAUUUUGCUUGGAAAGUUUUAUUAUAAAUAAGUGUAUUUUCUUGUAGUAUAUACACUCACAUCAUGGUACGAGUUCUCUAUAUAAACGUCUUCUUUUCGAGUCACUACGUAGCUAGUGUGUAUGAUCUAGAUUACGUACUGUAGUGUGGUAGAAAGAUUCGCAGGUAGGAUGGAUACUUGACAUGGGCCGUGACGUGAAGGCUCCUUAUGUGGCUGACACUCGCAUGGUACAAUACAAUACAAGGCCAUUUCCUAUACACUCAUUCUGUAGCUCAGUUCUCCAUAUUAUACAAUAGCACAUUGAUACAAAUGCAAUUCCCUUUUUACAGGUGUUUUCUCUGUAACACUCGCACUAUGGUACAAGUCAAUUUAUAAAACAAAAAUAUAUAUAUAUAUUUUAAAGUUUCUUUAUUUCUGAGUUAUAAUAAUAUUUUGAGUUUCCAUACAGCAGUGUCGAGGUACUGUACAUCAUAUAUACAUAUCAAACUAAUCAUAAACAUUGAAACCAAAUAUUUAUGAAAAUAUCAAUUCAUGUGUAUUUUCUUGAAUAUAUCAAAUUGACCUAGCGUACAAGACUCAUUUUAUCACGACACCUCACAUAUUAAAAAUACACAGUGACCUGAUAGAAAUAUUUGAACUAUUUUAAACAUGCUACUAAUAUCUGUAAUGUACAUUCAUGUCAAGUUGAUCCAUGCUAAGAGUAGGCUUAGCAUACACCAAAGUGACAGCAAAUUGUAAAUCAGUGUAAUAUUCAGAUGUACUAUUAAUAUGCAUAAAAUGCAUUUAUUGUUUUAUUGCUAGAAUGAUAUGCUGUUGUUCAUGUGUUACAAAUAUGACUCAACAUGUUGAUGUUACGUGCUUAAAAGCACCAAAUGGUUACGAUAACGAAGAACUGUGUAGUAAUUUAAUGUAAUGGCAAAAUAAAGAGCGGACAUCCGA